AUGGAAAGUAUUACCUCUGAAACCUUGAGCCAGAUGUUGAAAUCGGCUCCAUCCGAAACCACAAAGAAGAACGGACAAGGUAAAAAGAAGCCACAAGGAAAGAAACAAGAGAAUGGAUCGUCAUCCAAAAAGCCAUCAAGAGAAGAAAAAUCAACAAAGAAAGUAUUCAAAACUGAUAGAAAGAACAAGAGCUUGGAUCAAAACAAGCCAAACAAGAAAAAGAAAGAUCCAGCUCCUGAGGAUCUUGUUUUUUCAAUCUCAGUCCCUAAAAGCAAUAGAAACACCCCUUCAAAGGGCAACGAUAGAACAUCAUUCGAUUACAAACAAAACAAAAUACAGAAAAAUGCAAAGAAAACUUCAAAACCAACAAGGAAUUAUUCAUCCGAUGAAGAUACUGGUAAAAAACGACCUUCAAAGAAGGAAUCUGAUAAUUCCAAUGUAAACUUGGAAAAAAUUGUGAGACAAGCAGUUCAGGAAGCAUUGUCACAACAACAACAAGUAUCACAAAAUACUCCUGCCUACACUGCUCUCUCAAUACCAAUCACCGGAAAUCCUGGUGGAUAUCUUCCUCCAUACGCAGGAAACAAUCCAAUAACUUUAGUAUUACCACAACAACCUCAAGCAUCAUCUCAACAUUCAGAAAAAUCUGAAAGAAUCUCAAAGUCAACUAGGGGAAGAUCUGAUCGUGACAACAGCGACAGAGAUGAUUAUUCCAGCGAUGACAACAACACUGCCCAUAGAAGAGAAAGAGGCAAUGGCAGAAAUGGAAGUUAUAAGAAUCGAUUUAACAAAAUUCCAUACAGUAGAGACAAAGACAGAAAUGGUAAUAGAAAUCGACAACAAAGCAAAAAUAAGAAUUCCAAAUUUGAUGACCUUGUCAUUAGUGCCGAUAGAGGAGAACGUGUUGUGAAACAAUCCAACAACACUCGCAAUGGAAAUUCAAAUAGACGUAGAUAA